UAAAUAGGUUUUGUCUCUGACGAUUCCAAGAUGCUAACAAUAAUUUUUGGGUGUUUAUGUUUCAUGGUUUCCUACUGCUCAGCAGGGCGUGGCAUCUGCUAUCCGACUUAUGGUUGCUUUCACAACGAUCCACCGUUCAAGCGUCCAUUGAUUCCAUUCCCGAACCCGGCAGAUUUAAUAGGAACGACUUAUCGUCUGUAYACCMGAGCUAACCGCGCCAUGUCUGUGAUCAUUGAUGAUCAGGAUCCGAAUAAGAUUUCUAACUCACCUUACGACUCAUCCAAGAGAACAAUAUUGAUAAGUCUCGAUCCUGCCAGCUUCUUUUUCACCGGCGAGCAUACUGAUGUAAGACUGGACCCUAGUGACGCUGAAUUUGUUGACGUCAUCCAUAGCGAUAUCGACUUUAUGGGAUCGGUUGACCCUAGCGGCCAUAUUGAUUUUUACCCUAAUGGUGGAGAGGACCAACCUGGCUGUCGUCACGAUCCCAUUUCKGCUGGUCCUGUUGAUUACGUCAUCUGUGAUCAUAUGCGUGCACCAGAGUAUUUUACAGCCUCUGUUCUCACAAGUACGGCCUGUCCAAUGCGGGCUUUUCCUUGUWCAAAUUUCCARGACUUCGAACGUGGUUAUUGCUUCAACUGCGAUGGYGACGAUUGCCCCUCUAUGGGUUUCUAUGCAGAAAUGGCUCAAGCACAGGCUUCUGGGAAGCACUACCUUUUAACCAAUGACAAAGAGCCAUUUUGUGCAAUUCAGUACCACGUGACUUUUAAGACUGGCCAUGGUUGGUUCGCUGGAAUAUCGUCAUCAAUUCAUAUCACCUUAUAUGGAUCGAACGGGGCAAACAGCGGCGUCAUAAGAUUAAAAUCGCGCAAACUUAAUGCUGGUUCUAAAGAAUUCUUCGUUGCUCCUGUUAACAAAGUCCUUGGUACGUUAACAAAGAUUGACGUCAGACACAAUGGUAUACCAAUGAUUGAACAGUGGUACCUGGAAAAGGUGGAAAUCGUCCAGGAAGCUUCGAAGCUCAAAUACACGGCAUGUUAUAACAAGUGGCUGAACAGUGGCGGCGCCAUACGUAAGCUACAGCAAGGCCCAUCUGUUUCAUGCUAGUUGUAUAUGUACUUCUAAGCCUUUUCCAGAUGUCAAGACGUAUUUUAUUGAAACAGAAAUUAAAGUACACAAACUACU